GGGGAUAACCGUUAAAUAAUUGACAGCUUCUUCGUUGGUGGAAUAUAACUAUGCCCUAGAAAAGUUCAAAGGGUUCACAUGGUAUAUAAGAGGACCACUUCGUAGCUUGUCUGCUGCAUAUUGAUUGAAGAAAUCUAGAGAGAGAGAGAGAGAGAAAAGCAGAAAGCAUGGGAAGAGCACCAUGCUGCUCUAAGGUGGGUUUACGUAGAGGGCCGUGGUCGAACAAAGAAGACACCAUGCUCGUUAAGUACAUUCAGACGCACGGCGAAGGUCAUUGGCGAUCCUUGCCUAAGAAAGCAGGGUUGCUGAGAUGUGGGAAGAGCUGCAGGCUAAGGUGGAUGAACUAUCUAAGGCCAGACAUCAAGAGAGGGAACAUCACUCAGGAUGAGGAAGACCUCAUCAUGAAGCUUCACGCCCUCCUCGGAAACCGGUGGUCACUGAUUGCCGGGCGACUUCCGGGCCGAACUGACAAUGAAAUCAAGAACUACUGGAACUCCCACCUCAGCAAGCGAGUCGCCACUGACGGCAAUGACAACCCCAGCAGAGGACUGAAGGGCCCAAAGAAGAGAAGCAGCACCAACAACAACAACAACAACAAAGUCAGCAAUCUCAUCAGCACCAGCAAGAAGAAGAGGCAAUCGAAGAAGAGCCCUCAAGAAGAUCAAGAAGAAGAAGACGCUGCCGCCGCCACGAAGAUCAAAGUCCACCAGCCCAAGGCAAUUAGGGUUUCCCCAAUAUUCUCCAUCGCGAGGAACAGAAGCUUCGAGACUGUGGAGACCGCAGACGAAGAAGCCAUGGCGCAUGAUAAGCACGAGAGCCACGAUAUGAUCAUCAACGGUAACAACACUUGCAGUAACAACGAUCUUUCGUGGAUGAUCAGCGAGGCUAAAGAACACAACUGGUUCUGCGACGACGACGACGACUACAACGACAUAGUGGAUGUGGAAGGGUGCUGCGGCGGCGGUGGCAGCGGCGGUGAUGAGAUGAUCUGCUCCGGCGACAAUAAGAAUGCGCCGUCGUCGUCGUCUUCCUCCCCGUGCCAUCGAAUUUGGUUGCCCGACAACAGCAACAAGAAGACGCUGGAGAAGAUAUUUGAGGAGUAUCACGAGCUGCUUAGGUCGGAGGAUCACCUUCAGCUGGAAUCUUUUGUCGAUUCCUUAUUGCUUUGAAGUUUUUGCCAUUAUUUGAGUUGGAAGAAAUGUGAGUAGGACCAUCAGGGUCCAUUGUCCCAUGUCAAUGAUCAUCCAUUGGUCAAGCUUUUCAUCUUUUUUA